AGAUAAGGUAUUGGCUGACCCGCUGCGGCGAGCUCGGCUGCUUUUAUGGAGAUCAUGGCCUCGUCCCGGACAUAAAAUCCAAAAAGUGCCCCUGUCCGUUUUUUUCAUCCGGACUGCCGUCGCAAAUCCCGCCAACCUGGUCCCGUCCGUCCUGUCUUCAGGCUGGCACUUCAGGUUGACAGAUCAAGACAGCCCAGGGGCACCUUUGAGCGCGCCCGUCAGAUUUGUCAGGGUCCGAAGUUGGAGUCUCGCGACCGACUCGCCAAAACAAAAAAAACAGCACCCCCCCGCCCGCGAGAAAUGGGCUCCGAGGAGGCGCACGGCCGCCUGGACGUGGAGACGCCGCCCAAGGCCGGGUACGCACCCGACGCCGACGGGAAGGGUGCCAGCCCCGGCCUCGGCUCGCCCCAGUCGCUGACGCUCGAGGACCUCGGCGUCGAUGAGAAGGCGCUCGUGCGCAAGCUCGACGUCCACCUGCUGUGGCUGGUCAUGAGCCUCUACCUCUUCAGCUUCCUCGACCGCGUCAACAUCGGCAACGCGCGCCUAUACGACUUCGAGGCCGACCUGGGCCUGGUCGGCAGCCAGUUCCAGAUCGCUGUGUCGAUCCUCUUUGUGACCUACAUCACCUUCGAGGUGCCGUCCAACCUGGUGCUGAAGAAGUUCACCCCGCGCUACUGGAUCGCUUUCAUCACCCUGGGCUGGGGCGUCGUCGCCACCCUGUCUGGCCUGGUCCAGAACUACGCCGGCCUGAUCGCGUGCCGCCUGCUCCUCGGCGCCCUCGAGGCCGGCCUGUUCCCGGGCAUGAAUAUGUUCCUGACCUUCUUCUACACCAGGCACGAGCUGGCCCUGCGCGUCGGCUACCUCUUCGUCUCGGCCGCCAUUGCCGGAGCCCUUGGAGGGCUGCUGGCCUACGGUAUCGGCCAUAUGCACGGCGUCGCCGGUAUGUCGGGUUGGCGCUGGAUCAUGAUCAUCGAGGGGAUCCCGACCAUCAUCCUCGGCGUCCUGGUGUACUUCUUCUUGCCCAACGACGCGGGCUCGGCUUAUUUCCUGACCGAGAACGAGAAGAAGGCCAUGGAGAUCCGCCACUCGCGCCACUACGGCUACACGGCCAAGGCGCAAAAGUUCAGCAGGAAGGACAUGGUCAAGGCGUUCAAGGACUGGAAGGUCUGGCUGUUUUGCGCCGGUCAGUUUGGCGCCGACACCUGCCUUUACGGCUUCUCGACCUUCCUCCCGACCAUCAUCCGCGGUAUCGGGUCGUGGGACAUCGCGCAGGUCCAGCUGCUGACCAUCCCCUGCUACUUUCUGGGUGCGGCCUGCUACAUGACUGUGGCCUGGCUGUCAGAUCGCACGCAGCGACGGGGCGUCUUUUGCGUCAUUUUCGCCGCCAUCAUCUGCGUCGGCUACGCGGUGCUGAUAUCGCCCGUGCCCGCUGGGGCGGCGUACUUUGGCUGCUUCCUGGUUGCGGCAGGACUCUAUGUUGUCGUGGGGCUGCCGCUGGCUUGGCUCCCGAACAACAGCCCGAGAUACGGCAAGCGGACGACGGCCAACGGUCUCCAGUUGACGAUAGGAAACGCUUCUGGAAUUAUGGCCCCCUUCAUCUACCCGAACACCGAUGGGCCACGCUACCUCAGGGGCCACGCAGUCACGCUCGCCAUGGUUGGCAUGGCCGGAAUCAUCUACGGCACCUUGAUGCUCUGGUUCGCGCGGGAGAAUAGACUUCGGGACGAAGGCAAGGUCAACGCGGACCACGCGAACCUGUCCGAGGACGAGCUCCAGGAGCUUGGCGACGAGAGCCCCAAGUUCCGGUACCAGACUUGAAAUCGGGCAACCUCUGAUGUGUCACUGUAUGACUUGCCACCAUGGAUAGAGUUUUGUUUAACGAUAGAUUUUUGUUGCAGCUAGAGCUAGAGUAUACAAGCACUAGUGCGACGACUUCGUACACUGCGUGGAUGGGUUCUCUUAGGGAUCACACGGGGACCUAGCCCUCCGGCCUGACAGAAGCUUGGCCCACCGUCCUCACGCACCA